AUGGAUGAAACAAAGUCCAACAAACUUGCCGAGUUUACAGCCUUGGCGCAUUUGCUGUCUCUCCGCAACGACGGGGCCAUCGACCCACCUUCGUUCGACGAUUCGGAAGAUGCAGAAUACGUUUGCGAAAGCGAGACUGAGGCAUCGAAUUCAACAGUGUGUCCUGGGCUCCUCUCCUCUUUCGGCGAUGAAAGCAUCCUUAGGCGGUUCCUCGACCGAUUGUCGGAAAUAUUGGCAGUAGAAAAAGGUGGUCGAUUUGUCGCUGCUGCUGUGUUACGAGAGAGCGAAAAGGAGGAGUCCGUGGAAAUCUGGGUGGCUCGGAAUUCGGCUUUCCGCGCCGAGGAUCGUGAGCUGUUGACGACCAUUGAGAAAAAAUGGACCGCCAUUGCAAAGGGCGGAGCAGCCUACCGCAAGGAGGUCUUGCGGCUCUUUCAAAGCAACCGAAGAGUGAUCAACAAUGCACUCUCGAAAGCCCAGAGCGCAGACUCUGAGUUAUGCAGUGUUCUCCAGCAGAUUGCCGUUGAAUUGACCGACCGCGCCCCGAGCUCGAGCAAAGGCAGCGAAGACGAAAGGUUGGAUCGGCUUGUGCGCAUGGCCUUCCAAGUGCGGAAGCUAGCCAGGUCCAAGGAAGACCUGGUGGCCCUUCUGGCAGACCCGAAACUGGCAGAAAGAAUCCAUACGGAACUGUGCUUUCUGGGUCGCGUGCGGGCGGCCUACGAGACUUUCAUCACGGUGCUAUCAACCGUGUGGCAUGAAUACGAAGUGCGGAUAAGCCCAGUCGAUAUACCGCAGCCUAUCAAGCUUCCAGGUCGCCGGCUCAGCCUUGGUGAUACGUUCGGCCUUCUCGGCUUACCUCUGGACGACAAGACUUUGAAGAUGUACAUCAAUCGGAAAAGGUACACGCAGCAACAAGCAGUGAAGGAUUUUAACAAGCUUCAAGCGCAGAAAGGAGGCAUCCAUGCUGAAAUCCAACUGGCAUUUCAUUUGCAGAAACACAACAUUUAUGACCACUUGGCAUACAUUGGAAGUAGCAAGUUGAACUGCUUCCUUUGUGGCCAAUUCCUAUCUGUUUCUGGGGGUUUUGGGAGUCAUAGCGAGGAAAAGAUAUGGAAAACCAUUGAAACCAUCGAGGAAAGCAUGAAAAAGCAGUUGCUCUUGCCGAUUGCCAAGGGCAAGAAUUUCAAAGCGGAGUCCACCAUUGGCUUGACAGAAGCUUACAGUACUUCCGGCCACUUUCAUCAGCCCGACUUUCUCAAUGACCCUACGGUGCAGAGGUUCCUGAGAAAUCGAGACGAGGAGAUUCGGCAACAGCAACUGGCAGGGCUUUUCCUACCCCAGCAAACAACAGACGGAGAUGAGGACUAUUCGGGCCUGGAUCAUGGCCGCCCUCUCACCACGGCAGACUACCUUGUUCUAGAUGUUAUCGGCGGCAGGUUUCCAGAAGAUCCAGACGUCCUGAGCGACUUCGGUUUCAACAACCUCAUGACGCCGGACUGGUCCAAGCUUCUGGGUCUCUACCAGGGUCUUUUUAACUACCACCACAUUUCCCCCGAAGAAGUCCAUGAGUGGCAGCAAUCCGGGUGUCUGGUCGACCGUAUUCAGGAAACCUUCUCGAAGAUCCCAGAGGAAGCCCGAGGCGGCUACUUUCCCUGGUUCAUGGAGAACCAUCAUAGAAUUUUCGGAUCUCAAUCGUCAUCGAGAGAAGACCUACGUCAGAAAUACCUGGACAACGUGAGCAUGUACCUGGAACCUCAAGACCGGGGGAAGUCCCUAGAGCAGUUCGAACCUCAGAGCAAGCGAGAUGCCCUUAUAUUCUUCGCCAUUCUCGGGCAAAGCUCUCAUCCAAGUCCCGACCUCUUAAUGUACUUUGAUUUCGGCUUCUGCGUCUGUCGUAGCAUGUAUAUGGAGCGGCAUCUUGCUGCUCUUUAUGUACAGCUUCUAUUCGGCACCACUCUUCGCGACCAGUGGUUGUCAGUGGUGCGGAACAAAAUGAAUCUUACAUCGAGCCCUCCGCUGUGUACCUUCACGGAGUUCUGGAAAGCGUUUCGCGAUGGCCGCCUGAUCCAGCUGAUGGACGCCAGAGGGUUGAGGUCCGAGAGAGAAAAUUUCCCCCAUCUGGACUCUGUGCUGGGCCGCAAGGCUGGUGAGCCAUUGCCAAACGUCUGGAGCUUGCAGGCCUUCCUGAACGACGACAAUGCAACUGUUGCUCCGGAUUGCAUACUGUUUCAAUACGGAUUCAUUGGCUGCGCGAAUUCUGUCGAUCUUGCAGCGCUGAAGGACUUUUACCGGAAGGUUCUAGAGCAUGCGGAUGCUCUGGAUUUGGAAAGGGCUUCAAUGGAGCAGCGGCUACUGGAUUUUGUGAGAUCUUACGUUGACGUAAGCGCGAACGUUAGGAAGCUGCUUGAAAAGUCUUUUCAGCUGCGCUUGUCUUUCGCCAGCUCUACAGAUCAGCAUUAA